UGAUAGAGAUGUAGGUCCCACAGGCACAGGCCAGAGCACUAUGGCUAGUAAAGUAAAGUCAUACAUAAGUCACAACCAAAGCAAAGCACAAUGUUACAUAGCAUAGGAUAGCAUAGCAUUGUAUGAGAUCAGAUCAGAUUCCCUUGAAGAACAAAGUCUUAAUUGGAAUGGUUUCCAAAAGCAAAAGGGUGAGGGAUGCAGCAUUCUCCUCCUUCAUCUUGCUUUUACUGUUGGUUGGGUUUGGUAACUCAGAUUUAGGCAAAGACAGAGAAGAGUGUGCAGACAAACUUAUAGGGCUGGCUAGCUGUGUUCCUUACGUUGGUGGUGAGGCCAAAACCCCAACCAUAGACUGCUGCAGUGGUCUCAAAGCUGUCCUCGACAAGAGCAAGAAGUGCAUCUGCAUCCUCAUCAAAGAUCGUGAUGACCCCAAUCUUGGCAUCAAAAUCAAUGCCACUCUCGCCAUUCAACUACCCUCUGCUUGCAACGCACCUGCUAAUAUAUCUCACUGUGUAGAUCUUCUGCAUUUAGCACCUAACUCUCCUGAUGCCAAGGUGUUUGAGGGAUUGCAAAAAUCCGCCAAAUCAAACAGUUCCACCCCAGUUUCCAGUGGUGGUGGUGAGGAAAAGAGUGGUAUGUCUACAAAGAGGUGGCCGGUGGCAGACCUGCUUUCCUCGAUCUUACUACCACUUCUCUCCCUUCUUGUUUGAACUGAAGCAGCAUGAGCACUCGCCUACUACUACUUGCUUCACGCCUCUGUUUCUCAUCACUCUAUAUUUGUGUGCAAAUCUGUACUAAAAUCAUUCUAUAUCCAUCUAUUAAUAGUAGUAGUAAUCAUGAAUUCCUGAUGUUAUCUUUUUCAUUCUCUCUAUGUAUCAACAAAAGGAAGGACCCACUUUCAAUAUACUUCAUCAAGUACUUCUUCUUUGCAUAA